AUGUUCUGUCUACGGAGCUGGCUUCCACUCCUCUUCAUCCCAACCAACGCCUCUCCACUAUUCAUCAUUUCUUUCGUCGCCCUCACCUACAUCAUCCACCGACCAUGCAUAUACUGUUCCGCACUCCUCCUCAUUCUCUUCGCCUCAUCUUGCCACUGGUCCGAUAGAUGCAUCUUCGAUCUGCGCAGCAACUGGUUUGCGCCGCGCUAUAGCUCCGAGCCAAAUAACUACGCUUCUUUCGCCGGGAACGCCACUAUGCCCGCGCCACUACCAGGCGAUAGUCUGGCCGGGUUCGCAUUCGAUACGUUUAACUCAACGGCCAAGGCUCUUGCGGGGGCUGCGUUUGACAGUGCACAGCAACACCUUGGGCUUGAGACUCGGCCGGAGGAGUGGACUGGGGUUGGACUGGAAUGGUUGCGCAGUCUUUUAGGAAGACGGGAAUGGACACUCCCUUGUGUUGAUGUCAAGGUCCGGCUAUAG